CGGACCCGGGACGGGGUUUAGACCGGAUCCAGAGGUACCGGGAGUCCUGGAGAAGUUCGGAUUAAAGUCCGUCAAACAGCUCCUCCCCCCGCUCCUCCUCCUCUGGGUCGAUGCCGGAUCUGUGAGUCUGGACUCUGUGGACUGUGGGGGGGGAAGUGGUCUACGGCGGGUCCGGGUCUCUGUUUACCGCGGAGCAAAGUGCAAAGGUCCGGUCAGACCCAGAUAUGAGCCUGGAUCUGCACUGAAGGACUCUGACAUCCACCAGAAGCCGAGCUCACCAGACCAGGACCAGGACUAGACCAGGACCAGGACCACAAAUAGACCGGGAUGUCCUGCCUGUUGAGGGGAGUUCUGCGGAGACAGGGCGGUGUGGGGGCCACUGUCGGGGUCCGGGCCCUGGCCUCUGUCCCGUCGCUGCCCCCCGCCGUGGCCGAGUUCGUGCAGCGGGCGGUGGAUGAGUGUAAGCCCGCCGGCGUGCACGUGGUGACGGGAACGCCGGAGGAGUCAUCCAACAUCCUGGCAGGUCUGGAGAAGGAAGGGAUGGUCAAGAGGCUUCCCAAAUACCAGAACUGUUGGUUGGCCCGUACAGACCCCAAGGACGUGGCCCGGGUGGAGAGCAAGACGGUGAUCGUGACCAAGAACCAGAGGGACACCAUCCCCAUCCCAGCCGGGGGGGCCAAGAGCCAGCUGGGAAACUGGAUGAGUGAGACGGACUGGAUGACGGCCCGGAAGGAACGGUUCCCAGGAUGCAUGGCAGGUCGGACCAUGUAUGUCAUUCCCUUCAGUAUGGGACCUGUCGGCUCAGCGUUGACCAAAUAUGGAGUUCAGGUGACGGACUCGCCGUACGUGGUGGCCAGUAUGGGCAUCAUGACUCGUAUGGGCACCCCCGUCCUCAACAAACUGGCAGAAGGGGUGGAGUUUGUUCGCUGUCAGCACUCUCUGGGUCGGCCUCUACCGCUCACAGCCCCCCUGGUGAACUCGUGGCCCUGUAACCCAGACAAGGUCAUCAUCUCUCACCUGCCCGACACCAGGCAGAUCAUGUCGUUCGGCAGCGGUUAUGGAGGAAACUCACUGCUGGGGAAGAAGUGCUUCGCUCUGCGCAUCGCCUCCCGCAUCGCCAAGGACGAAGGCUGGCUGGCCGAACACAUGCUGAUCCUGGGAAUCACAAACCCUCAGGGAGUGAAGCGUUACGUGGCGGCGGCGUUUCCCAGCGCCUGUGGUAAAACCAACCUGGCCAUGAUGAAACCGUCUCUGCCCGGAUGGAAGGUGGAGUGUGUGGGCGACGACAUUGCAUGGAUGAAAUUCGACAGCCAAGGGAAACUGAGGGCCAUCAACCCAGAGAACGGAUUCUUCGGCGUGGCCCCGGGCACUUCGGACAGGACCAACCCGUACGCCAUGUCCACCAUCGCCAAAAACACCGUGUUCACCAACGUCGGCGAGACCAGCGACGGAGGCGUGUGGUGGGAGGGGCUGGACCCGCCCCCCGCCAGCGUCACCCUCACAGACUGGCACGGAAAAACCUGGACCAAAGGCAGCUCCACGCCGUGCGCCCACCCCAACUCCAGGUUCUGUGCUCCGGCCGCCCAGUGUCCGAUCAUCGACCCCCAGUGGGAGAGCGAGGAGGGGGUCCCCAUCGACGCCAUCAUCUUCGGAGGCAGAAGGCCGGAGGGAGUUCCUCUGGUUUAUGAAUCUUUCAACUGGAAACAUGGAGUUUUCGUUGGAGCCGCCAUGAGAUCUGAGGCCACGGCAGCUGCUGAGCACAAAGGUAAGGUGAUCAUGCACGACCCCUUCGCCAUGCGCCCGUUCUUCGGGUACAACUUCGGAGACUACCUCGCUCACUGGCUGAGCAUGGAGUCCCGCAAGGCGCCCACUCAGCUGCCCAAGAUUUUCCACGUCAACUGGUUCAGGAAGGACCCCGCCACCGGCAGCUUCCUCUGGCCCGGCUUCGGUGAAAACGCCCGCGUCCUGGAGUGGAUCUUCAAGCGCUGCAGCCGCCAGAGCGAGGACGAGGCGGCCAAGAAGAGCAUCAUCGGUUGGCUCCCCGAGAACGGCGCCAUCGACACCAGCGGGCUGGGCGGCCAGGUGGACAUGGGCGCCCUGUUCGACGUGCCCAAGGGCUUCUGGCAGAACGAGACCAAGGAGCUGAGGGGCUACUUCAGCCAGCAGGUCGGCGCCGAUCUGCCCGCCCAGGUGGAGGCGGAGCUGAAGGCGCUGGAGGACCGGGUUCACAACUGAAACCCUCAUGAUCCAGAUGUUUAUGGUGUAACCAGAGCCGCUGAGUUUACGUACACACAGAAACAAGCUGUUAACUUAUCACCUGGUUGGUGUAGAGCAGGGGUGUCAAACAUACGGCCCCUGGACCAAAACCGGCCCACCACAGGGUCCAAUCCCACCCAUGGAUGAAUCUGUAAUGUGCAAAAAUUACACUGACGAUAUUAACAAUAAAGGAGGUUAAACUUAUUUUAGUUCAGGUUCCACAUACAGACCAGUAUGACCUCAAGUGGGUCAGAUCAGUCAAAUAACAGCAUAAAAACUAAACAUUUUCACUAGAUUUUCAAGUGAAACAAGUCCGAUUUUAUUAUGAAAAUAUUUGCAUCUACAAACUAUCUUUAAAGAAAAAUGUGAAUAACCUGAAACAACUUGAGAUUUCUGUAGAAAAAUAAGUGUAAUUUACCAAUAUUCCAUUAAUAUCCAUUAAUAUUCCAAUAUCUGUAGAUCCACUGUGAUCUGUAAGUUGUAAUGCACAUGUGUAAAUGAUAAACUGAGGCAUUUUAGUUCAAUCAAUCAAUCAAACAAACCAUCAAAUUUUAUUUAUAUAUCACCGAGUCAUAACAAAAGUUUAUCUCAUGACUCUUUACAUAUAGAGCUGGAAUAAACCAGACUCUGAAGCCAAUUUACAGAAACCAACAAAUCCUCCAGGAGCAAACACUUGGUGACAGUGGAAGGAAAAACUACCUUUAACAGCAGAAACCUGGAG